AUAUUGACUUCGUGCCCUUUUUCUUAUUCAUGGAAACUCAGGUGGGGGAUUGAUAAAUUUCCAAAUGACCGACCUCUUGUCUUCUAUAAGGAUGGAAAGCCAAUAGUUCCACCUCUUGGAAUCUUAGAUGGACUUGAAUUGGUUCUUCAAAGUAUGGUAUCUUACAUCAACAAAGAAAUUCCCAAUAAUGUUGUAAAAAUUUGGCGUACCCAAUCUCCCAGGCAUUUUUAUGGUGGGGAAUGGAAUCAAAACGGGAGCUGCUUAUUCACUGAACCUCUGAAACUUGAAGAGCUUGAUUCAUGGUUUGAUCCUACAAAUAAAGGAGGAAACAAAGAAGCGAGAGAAGUGAACAUCCGCAUCGAACGAGCAAUAGAAGGCACGGGCAUUCAAUUGCUUAAUCUGACUCACCUAAGUGAGUUUAGAGCUGAUGCACAUCCAGCAAUUUGGUUAGGGAGCAAGGAUGCGGUGGCUGUAUGGGGUCAGGAUUGCAUGCAUUGGUGUCUUCCUGGCUUGCCUGAUACAUGGGUUGAUGUCUUGUCAGCUCAAAUCUUGUGCAGUUUGUAAGCAUGACAAUGAAUAUGGCGAACAUUCCAUCUAUUAUGCAAAAAUGGUAAUUCAUUCUUAUUUUGACUUGGUUUAAUUCCAUCAAGCAACCAUCAUGAGUAUAGCAGUUGUGCAGAUUGGUCCCGCACCAAAUUCAGAUUUCUGUUCGCUUGACUUCAUUUAUCUGGAUUGAUCGUAUUGUUUCUGUAUUGAAGUUUGUAGUUUCGCACUUUGCUUCACUUUGCAUGUGAAGUGCACAUUUAAAAACCAUGCUUAGUUUUCAGAUUGCUGCAGUAUGUAUUAUAGCUUAAAUUCAGCAGUGUGUAGUAUAAAUCACAAUGCAGGCAUUUAACAGGACACUGCAGUUAGUAUAAAUCACCAAUCUGCUCAAAUUUUGGAAGAGCUGUUAAACUAUUGGUUCUCUCUUACUUGGCUUCUGUCCAUUUUCUCAAGAGCUAAUUUGCAACUGUUUGGCACUGUUUCUUUUUUUUGGAAGAUUUACAUAUAUACCACUCAAUUUCUAUGUAUUUACAUAUCUA